AAGCCUCGCCCACAGCCGGGCCUGCCCGGGUCUCGUCCCCGCAGCUGUGCGCGCAGUGCCGGCCAUGGCGGUGUGGUACUGCCCGCUGUGCCGCCGCACCUCCUUCACCGGCCGCCGCCAUCUGUACAGCGCCGCGCACCGGCGGCGGCUGCAGGAGGCGCUGGGCCGGUUGGAGGAGGAGGUGGCGGCGGCGCGGGCGGCGCUGGGCGAUGUGUCGGUGCGGCGGUACGACCCGGCGGAGCACGAGCGGAGCGUGUGGUGUCUGUGCUGCGGCCGCGGCGUCAGGAGGGACGGGCGGAGCGGGGCGCUGGCGCUGCCACACGCCGGGAUCCUGCAGCACUUGGCCGGGGCUGAACACCGGCGGGAGACGGCGCGAUUCUGGAGGGAGAACCGCGCGGACGCGGCGCUGCGGGAGCGAUUCGUGGUGACGAAGGAGGAAUUUGAGCGGUUCGCAGCCGCGGUGGAGAAGGCGGUGGGAGCGUAUGAGGAGCGCGAGGAGCAGAACAUCCGCCAGAUGGCGGCCCGCAUCCGGGAGGCGGAGCGGAGGCAGCGGGACGUCGUUAGUGCGGCCCUCGAGCCUCCAACAGAGACACAGCGCUGUGUGGGACCGCCCGGCUGCAGCUCCACCGCGGGACCCUCCCGGGACACUUCUGGCUGUGCUGAGCUUCCAGGCCCAAGUGUGAUGCAGACAGGACCAGAUUUCAGUUGGAUGGAAUCAGGCCAGGCUUUGACCUUCAUUGGCCACCAGGAAACGGAAGGGAAAGGAAACAUUCAUACAGGAGCAAAACCUCCCUGGCUGACAGAUGAAGAUGAGGAGGAUGGAAGCAAACAACAAAUCGGACCUUCAUAUGAGGAAUUCCUCAAGCAGAAGGAGAAGCAGAAGCUCAAAAAGCUCCCAGCAGAGCGUGUUGGUGCCAAUUUUGACCACACCUCCCAGACAGGUGACAGCUGGCUUCCUUCCUUCGGCCGGGUUUGGAAUCAUGGCAGGAGGUGGCAGUCCAGGCAUCAGUUUAGAGCCGAAUCAGGAGCGAAGAAGAAGAAAAGGUGAUCAGGAGAAGAACACAACAACCCAAGCUCUGAUCUCUGUGAGGUGGAUUACAGACAGCUGUACCUUCUGUCCAUGCCAGGCUUUUUGGUACUCGUGUAUUUAUGUUCACAUGUAGAUGCAUUCAGAAAGAUGAGAUUGCUAUGGAUGUGAUGAGUUGACCCCCAUUACUGAAAGCUAUGUAGCAAGGUGGAUGCUGCAGCAGAUUCACUCUCCCUCUAAAGGACACGUAGCAUGUUAUCUAGGCAUUAAUUUCUGAAGUCAUAUACACCACAAAGGCUGAUCCUGCCAGCAGGGACAGUCCAUAGCCCAGACAGUGCCUUCAUAGACAGGAAUUCUACCUUACACAGUGUGUCCUGCCAUGUCCUUUGUUGCAUUUUAGCAUAUGUCCUUAAAUAAAUUAAACUCAUUGAAAAAUCCAGUUGUGCCUCACACGAAGGGUAACUGUAAGUGACCUUUAGCAGAAAGGAAGACUCAAUUUUUUUUUUGUAUGGACAGCCAUCGCUCUAAAUAAUGUUCUCUGCUUUAUUUUAAGGCUGUUAUCUCCAUUGAAUGUGUCUCUCAUCACCCGCAGCAGCUGGUGAUCUGAAAAGUCUCCCCACUGUAAAAUAAAGCUUAUGAGGCAUCUGUGGUGCUUUAUAAAGGCAAUGAAAAUAUCUGACAAAAAAUGGCUGGUAUAACAACAAGAUAAACCCCAAUGUGUACCUGGAUCUACCCUGAGUUGACGCAUUAAUAAUGAAACACACGCAUUUUAGAGAAAGAAAACAAAAUAAUUAUUUAACUAAUUUUAUUGUAUGUAUCUGUAUAUGACAUCGCUGAAGAGGUCGCUGUAGAACCUGCAAAGCAAGAAGUCCCAAAUCAGACCAGCAAUUCACAGAAUCACAGAAUUAUCAAGGUUGGAAAAGACCUAGAAGAUCAUCUAGUCCAACCAUUCCCAAUACAUAUUCCUCAACACCACAUCCAAAUGUUUCUUGAACACUCCCAUGGUCAGAGACUCCACCACCUCCCUGGGCAGUGCAUUCCAAUGCCUGACUACCCUUUCCAAGUAAGUUCAACUUACUGGGAGGCUCUGCUUAAAGAAGAGCAAUCAGUCAUAGCAUGCUUUGGCAGCAAGGCUGUAUGAUCUACAGUCCACAGUGCUGGGAGAGAUCAUGCUGCUCCCCCCAUUGAGCAAUGCAGACAAAACAGUACAUUCCUGGAAGGUUAAUGUUGCCAGAAAUUCCACCCUAAAAGUCAGUGCAGGUAACAGUCUCUGAAUGGAUUAGAGAAGGGACCACCCCCAAGCAACAUGGACUCACACCUCACAACCUUCACGCUGCUGCCGCAUGCAGCUGUUUGCUCGCCUUGGAUGUGGUAAAACCCAGCACAUGAACAGUCUGCUCUCACCUUUCUACGCAUCCUCCCCUGCAGCAGGAGCAUCUCCACCUUUUGUGUUCCUGGUGUAGAUCACUUGGGCUCGGUGCUUAGACACCAGUUUGAUCAAACCUGUGAAGGAGGCAGUUGGAUGCACAUGUACUGCACGAUGCCAGGACACUGUGCUGCCCUGGGCCAUUGUAAUGCAGCAAGCCAAAAGAUUAUGACUGAAAACACCACAGAAUCACAGAAUGACCCGGGUUGGAAGGGACCUCAAGGACCAGGUAGUUCCAACCCCCCUCUCUAGCAGGGCCACCAAACAUACACCUUUACUAGAUCAGGUUGCCCAGGGCCCUGUCCAACCACCAGGGUUCAUGAUACUUAACACUACAGACUGGUCUGUUUCCACUAGAAAGAAUGGAAUCACUGUUAUGUGAAUAAUGACUGAGCACAUAUAUGCACAUUGGCUUUUGUUUAAGACCAGGAGUGGCAGCGUUAGAGCCUGUUUGAACAGUAUCUUAGCACAGCAUUACCACUAAAUGCAUCAGAGCCGUUGGAGUAUUGAUGAAGGCAGUAACUUUUGGAAAACACACCAAACUGUGUACUUAAUGUGCAGCAUAAAGCCUUGUAAAGCACUGAUGGAAACCCCUAGUCUAGAGCUCUGUGCUUACCUUUCCCCAGCAGCUCCUGCAGAGCAGCCCUGGCCAGAGAGCCUCGAAUCUUCAGCCUUUCUGAGACCACAGCCGGCGUGAUGAGCUUGUAGUUGGGCACCUCUUUGCACAGCUUCUCAUAGGUGGCCUUAUCGAA